AUGGACUCCGAGCAUGUCGAAACCCUUCUGUUCAGCCUCCCAGGUUCUCAGGAAUCAUUUAACAACUUGUGGAGCGAAGAGUCUGACGACGAGAUGCUUGACGUUGCCAACGAUGAAUAUGACUCUGACGACGAUCUAUUCGAUGUUCCUGUGCAAGUAACAACAGACUCGUGGCAGCUUCUCAGCAGCCCAUUACUCACAGCAGCGGAAACCUCUGGGCUGCCACACGACGACCUGACAAUGUGCAAGAGUGGUGAUGCUUCGGCGAGCGACGAAGCGCUCCAUGUUAGAAUGGGUGGAAGAUCGCCGCGUGACAGGCACUGGGUUAUAUCCCGUCUUGAAGCCAUGCUGGAGCGGAUAGUUGAUGGUCUCCUUGAAGGGAGCGAAAAACUCACAUUCACCCUCAAGAGUCGAACUGGCAUCUCGAGAAGACAGCCGCAUGCGCGCGAUGAAUCUCACACGAUACCAGCCGCGAAAUCUCGUGAGAUAUCAUUCCCUGGCAGCACUGCGCAGGAAGCGUGGAAUUUCACUGUCCUUCUGCGCGUUAUCGAGCUCAUCCAUGGCGGCCUUGUCGAUAACACCAUCAUGACCAAAAGAGAUAUUUACUAUAAGCAUGCAGAUUUGUUUGUGAAGCAGGCAGUCGUUGAUCGAUGUGUGGAUGACCUUGCAUGCACUUUUAGCAUUUCAAGGUCUCAGCUCAACGUCACUGCUGCUGCCAAAGGUCUUGUUGCAGGACAUUUUACCAUAACCCGUAAGGAUGAAACGCAAGUGGAUGGCAUGAACGAUAAAGAAGGCAUGCUCGUUCCACACAUCGGGCAAGGGGACUGCUUGGACCUGACGCAACUUCACUGGAUCCUUGUUAUCGAGAAGGAGGCGACGUUUCGUUCGGUCCUCAGUACUAUCCAGUGGGGAAAGACGGAGUCAAAUGGCUUGGUCUUAACUGCAAAGGGAUAUCCUGACAUAGCUUCUCGAAGGUUCUUACGCCAGUUGGCCGACCAUGCACCCCAUAUACCAAUGUACGCCUUUGCAGAUUUGGACCCUGACGGCAUUGCUAUUGUUUCAACAUACAAACAUGGCUCGUACCGCCUUGCUCACGAAGACCUCGUGCUCAAGGAUGCACCAGCACUGAGCCUGCCGAACAUACGCUGGCUUGGUGUCAAGUGGCAUCACAUCAGCCGGACUCACACAACCAAAAGUGACACAGACAUGACUUCGAUGCCUGAACUCCAAGGUCUGAUGAGGUUGACGGCGCGCGACCGUAACAAGGCAGCUCGAAUGCUGGAGUGGGAUCUCUGUUCCGAAACAGGCCCAGAGCAAGAAUGGAGGCACGAAUUGCAGACGAUGCUUAUGCUAAACACCAAAGCUGAAAUGCAGAUCCUGGACGAGUUGGGGGGCGUAGCCUUGUUCUUGAGCAACGAGAUUGAUCGUACAAAGCAUUCAGGGGGUGCUGCGGCAGUGGAAAGGGCAUGCUCAGAAGAUGGCCUGCUCUUUUGA